AUGCGCCCGCCGCGCAGCCUCCCGCCGCUCACGCUCUUCCACGACCCCGCCUCGCCGCUCUCGCGCUCGCUGCUGGCGCGCCUGCCCGCGCUGCUCAGCCCGGCGUCGUCGGCCGCGCAGUCGCAGGCGCGCCUCGGGCCCGGCGAGGCGUACCUGCAGCGCGCGCGCGACGGCGAGACGCCGCUCGCCGAGCUCGAGGUGCGCAGCAAGCGCACCGAGCCGCCGACGGAGACGCAGUGGCGCCUCAUCCGCCAGUACGCCUCGCAGGCCAGCAGCGCUGCGCCGCUUGCCGUCAGCGAGCACCUCGCUGCGCAGCAUGAGGCAGCCGCCGAGGCGCCGCCCGCCGCGGCCGGCGACGGCGACACGCACAAGGCCGUGCAGGGCUCGCCCGCCAGCGAGCCCGACGGUAAGACGCGCGCGCGCCUCCUGAACGCCAAGCGCGAGCACGCCGAGCGCACCGCCAUGGCCGCCAAGGGCGCAGAGCAGGCGCCGGCUGAGCAGCAGGCUGACGAUGCCACGGCCGCCGCCGCCGCCGCCGAGGAGCUGCCGAUCCGCCUGCGCGACGGCCCGCUGCUCGUGCACUGGGACGCCGGCCUCGUCGCCACCGACGAGCGCGGCGUCGAGCAGAUCCUGCGCACGCUCGAGGGCGGCGGCCAGGCGCCGGCGCAGGCCAGCUGGUGUGUUGUUGCGUAGCCACGUCUGGCGUCAGUCAGCGCCGCCUAGGUCGUCCUCCGUCACCUGUCCGCAUCGCCCAAUGGUCAUCCGUCACCUCUGUC